AUGAGCCAGCAACUCAACAAGAGCCAGGACUGCUCCUUCAGGGACGUGGAUGAGCUGAUGAAAACCGUGCAGCUGGUGGUCCAUAUCCCCACCUUCCUCCUGGGCCUCCUCCUCAACGUGCUGGCCAUCCGAGGCUUCAGCACCUUCCUGAAGAAGAGGUGGCCGGAUUACGCGGCCACCUCCAUCUACAUGAUCAAUCUGGCCAUCUUCGACCUGCUGCUGGUGCUGUCCCUUCCGUUCAAGAUGGCGCUGUCCAAUGUGCGCGCUCCCCUUCCUUUCUUCUGUACCCUGGUGGAGUGCUUCUACUUCAUCAGCAUGUACGGGAGUGUCUUCACCAUCUGCUUCAUUAGUCUGGACAGAUUCUUGGCCAUCCAGUACCCGUUCCUGGUCAGCCACCUCCGGUCCCCCAGGAAGAUCUUGGGGAUCUGUUGCACCAUCUGGGUCCUGGUGUGGGCCGGGAGCAUCCCUAUCUACAGCUUUCAUGGGAAGGUGGAAAAGUACACGUGCUUCCACAACAUGUCCGAUGGCACCUGGAGUGCCAAGGUCUUCUUUCCCCUUGAGGUGUUCGGCUUCCUUCUUCCCAUGGGUGUCAUGGGUUUCUGUUCAUCCAGGAGCAUUCACAUCCUGGUAGGCCGUCGGGAUCUCACCCGGGACUGGGUCCAGCAGAAGGCCUGCAUCUGGACAAUCGCGGCCAGUCUGGCUGUCUUUGUGGUCUCCUUUCUUCCGGUCCACCUGGGUUUCUUCUUGCAGUUCCUGGUACGGAACGGCUUUAUUGUGCAGUGCAGCGCUAAGCAGAACAUCAGCUUGUUCUUGCAGUUGUCCAUGUGUUUCUCCAACAUCAACUGCUGCCUAGAUGUCUUCUGCUACUACUUUGUCAUUAAAGAAUUCCGCAUGGACAUCAUGGCCCACAGGCCUUCCAGGGUCCAGCUUGUUCUCCAGGAUACCAUGAUCAGUAGGGGCUAA